UCUACUGCAGUUAAAAACACUAGUGUGCGGAGGCUGAGUUCAUUGAUUUUUCACGAUGUAACACAUCUUCAUGUUACGGUGAUAAGGUGAAGGAGAAACCCAUUAAUUUAGUAAACAUCGCACAAAGGGCUUAUGUGGUUCCUCGUCGCUAGAUUCCCGAUCAGGGCUGCUCGGUGUUGCCAGGGAAGAGUCCUUUUCAGCUGCACUGCAUCAACAUGGGUGUGAUUGGUGUGCAGCUGGUGGUUACCAUGGUAAUGGCCAGUGUAAUUCAAAAAAUCAUACCUCAUUAUUCCUUCGCAAGAUGGCUACUUUGCAGUGGCAGUCUGCGGUGGUAUCAGCACCCUACGGAAGAUGAGUUGAGGAGCUUAGCAGGGAAACAAAAAGGACAGAAGAGGAAAGACAGGAAAUAUAAUGGUCAUAUCGACAAUAAGCCUCUAACAGUUCCAAAGGACAUAGACUUGCAGCUGGAGACUAAAUGUAUCACAGAAGUGGACACAUUAGCGUUGCAUUACUUUCCAGAAUUCCAGUGGUUGGUGGAUUUCACGUUAGCGGCAACUCUGGUGUAUCUGAUCACAGAGGCGUACUACAGCUUUGCCCAGCCCUCUGCAGAGAUGAACAUCAGUGUGGUGUGGUGCCUCCUCGUACUUGCCUUUGUCAUUAAAACCCUCUUUUCAAUCACAGCACAUUACUUCAAGUUGGAAGAAGGAGGAGAGCGCUCUCUUUGUAUUACAUUUGGUUUCUUCUUCUUUGUCAAAGCUAUGGCUAUCCUCAUAGUCACUGAAAACUACUUGGAGUUUGGUCUGGAAACAGGUUUUGAAAACUUUUCUGACAGUGCCCUCCGGUUCUUGGAACAUCAGGGCUUGGAGUCACAGGGUCCCAUAUCUAAACUCACCUUUAAACUUAUCUUGGCUCUGCUCUGCUCUCUGAUUGGAGCUUUUCUUACUUUUCCUGGUCUGCGAUUGGCUCAGAUGCACCUGGAUGCUCUCAAUUUGACUCAUGACAAAUUUACACAGACUCUGCUUCAUAUCAACUUCUUAUCACCUCUCAUCAUGGUCUUACUGUGGGUGAAGCCCAUAACUAAGGACUACAUAAUGAACCCCACUUUGGGAAAGGAGAGUGUGCCUUUAAUGACUGAGCAGGCGUUUGAUACUCUAAGGCUCUGGGCCAUCAUUGGCCUAUGUGUUCUGCGGCUGGCUAUGAUGCGCCACCAUCUACAGGCCUACCUCAACCUGGCCCAGAAGGGAGUGGAUCAGAUGAAGAAGGAGGCGGGCCGCAUCAGCACUGUGGAGCUGCAGAAGAUGGUUGCGCGUGUUUUUUACUACUUGUGUGUAAUCGCACUACAGUAUGUGGCACCAUUAAUAAUGUUGCUACAUACAACUUUGCUGCUAAAAACCUUGGGUGGACACUCGUGGGGGGUCUACGCUGAAGAGGAGCUGCCUUGCACCCAUGACUUGAACUCUGGUGCUGCUGUUUCGGUGGCCACAGACCCCAUGGGACCCUCAGUGGACUCUGUGUUAGAGACUGGAGCUCGGGCCUCUGUAGCUCAGCUGUCUGUUGCUUUGGGAGGCUUGAGGACUGUGUUCAGCCCGUUGCUUUUCCGAGGGCUUUUCUCCUUCUUCACUUGGUGGAUUGCUGCCUGUCUGUUUUCCACCUCCCUCUUUGGCCUCUUUUACCAUCAGUACCUAAUGGCAGCAUAGCACCAGCAGCCAGAGGACAAUCCCAGACACAAAGGCUUGUAUUGGGGGCAGUGGAGACCAAAUAUUCAACCUUCAACUGCUUCUUCACUGACCAAGACUGACCAUAUCACUGGACCCAUCGGUUCAACUGCAGUGCUUCCUUCAGACUUGUUUUUAUGGCGGCUCCACAUCAUUUUGGAGUUUGAUUGAAGAUUUAUACAUUUACAAGUUCGAUUUACUGUAAGUCUCCGAAUGGUGCCAGUGGUUAUGGCACUGUUCCAAAAGUCAAGUUUUAUUUGACAUCUUAAGUGCUGAAUGAAAUUUAAUCAGUUGGUGUCAAAUGUGUGAUAACAGUUUGAAUGGAAAUAAUUUAAUAUAAUAACAUUGUUUCAAAAUAUGUUUAUUGAUUUUUUGGAUGACAGAGUUUGUUGACAUUUUUUAUGUGUACGCACAUUUUGUAUACUUUUUCACAUUUCAACUUUUGUCCUUCAAAUGAACAAAUCUAAGCAUUUAGGUCUUAAUUGGCACAGCAAAGGAGUGCCCUGUGGUCAGUAGUUAAUAUAAAAAAUGUGUGUUUAUGAAUCACUUAUGUGGUCAGCAAAUGGACUCCCAUUACAGUAAACAGCCUCCAGAGAGUGACUGAUUAUUGCCAUAUAUUGUGUUCUUAUAGAUUUUUGCAAUUGUAUGUGCAGAUUUACCUGAGCCAUUUGGAACAUACUUAGCGGAGGAUUUAAACUCUUGAUUAAAACGGUUAGCAGUGUUUAGAUGUCAGACAUGUUGUUAAGCUAACACCUUUUUAUUUUGACCCAGAAGUUGCUUUUUACAGCAGAUGUUUCAAUUUAUGUUUUCUUAUGAUUUUCAAACAGUGCCAAGUGUGGAUGUUUGUCUGGAUUUUAACUGUUGUCUUUGUUUUUUUAAUGUUUAAUUUUCUGUUAUGCAGUAUGCACAGAAAGUCCAGUGUCUGCUCAAGUGAAGAAUGUAAGACCAUAAACUGAGUAUGCAUGAAUCAGGCUAAAUGUUAAGACCACCUGUACAUGGCCGAUAUGCAAUGAACUGAUCUGAUGUUGUGACCCAAGUUAACUAAACCAUAAUUUUUGUCUUUGGUAAUUUGAAAUACAACAUAAACCUCAAAUAUUAGCCUUUACUUCACAUCAACUGUUCUAAGAAAAGUUGCAGUGAACUAUUGUAAGACUGCACACGCCAAACUAGAAGAGGAUGUUCAAGCAUAGAUAUAUUUUUGUACAUCCAAAAUCAAAUGACCAAUUCCUUGGAUAGUUACAGGUUAAUAAUUUAAUCUUUUAGUUGUUUAGUUGUAGCCCUCUUCACGCAUAGGUCACACUUUUUAUAUCUGACAGUUUUCAGUCAGUGACAACAUUCAUCAGAUGUUAGCAGUUCAUUGAUGACUUGUAUCAAACCAGUAAAGCAGCACUGUAUCAGGUUUCUAAGUUUUAUCUUGUUUGUACAUCUGGGAAAUAUGCACAUAAUGAAUGUAUUAAUUCAAUCAAUUUUUUUCAGAUUCUUAGUUAUGUUCAGUGCAUUGAUUUAAACCCGCACUUGCAACUCUCGUCUACUACCUGCUAAAUGUGUUCUUGGGAAUCCUUAUUGGAACAUGGGGGGCAUGAAAGCUUUUCUAAUGAUUUUUGAAGUUUCUAAUGAAUUUUGAUGUUUUUGUUGACCUUAAUCAUUUGUUACAGAUCCUUUUCUGAUUAACUUGUUUAAAUUAUUGGAAUGCCUAGUCGAGAAGUAGCUGGCAUACUUUGCAUUUAAUGGCCUAGCUGGGCGUAGCUCCGUUCAUGACCACAAAGUGUUUUUGUUCAUUGUUGAUUUCAUGAAGUAACACACUGUUCUCAUUUAUUUAUUUCUGUUUUAGACUUUUAAAUAAAUUGUGUUUUAAAAUACA